AUGUCCUCUCAUGAUCAAGAGCCAAAAAGAAAGAAUAUCAAUAUCAUCCUCGUGGGCGACGAUGGUACCGGAAAAGUCCCGUACGUCGCAUACUCGUCUCCGCGCAGUUCAUCAGCGUUAACUAUUCGGGCUGCAGUUAUGCGCCGCUUCGCAGAAAACACAUUCGACCGUGACCCCGUGCAUCGGAUUCAACACUCCGCAUUCCGGCACCUGGACAUCGACGGGAAGCGCAUAAAUGCCCAGAUAUUCAUUCGUCCCUUUGGCAAGAUUUAUCGUGGCCAAGUGCGCUGUCCAGCUUGGCGCAAGCAUACACACUGGCAUGUACUCAUCGUCAACAGCUUCUAUCGCCAAGCCUCAGGCUUCUGCUUCACCUACGACGUCUCCCAGCGCCGCACCUUCUCCCAAGUCGACAGAUGGGUUCGAGAGGUAUCGCACGUCCUGACAGAAGAACUGCCCCCGUCCCCGAUACCAGUGCGCCUCUACCUCGUCGGGACUAAGACCGACCGCAAAGCCGAGCGGGAAGUCUCCACCGAAGAAGGCGCCGAGCUGGCCGCGCGCUGUAAUAUAGCGUUUGCCGAAACGAGUGCACUGGACGGGAGUGGGGUCGAGGACCUGUUUAUGACUGUGUUCACUCGUUCGUUGUCGCCUUUACUAUCCCCGGCUGCCCUAACUGGAUGCUAG